AUGUCCUACACAAUGCGCACCUACGAGGCCCGUGCCGAAACGCACCCGACCGAGAUCGGCCGCCGCCUCCUCACCAUCAUGGCCAGCAAAAAGACCAACCUCUGCAUCUCCGCCGACCUCACAGACCCCUCCCAGAUCCUCACCCUCGUCGACAAACUCGGCCCCCAAAUCUGCCUCGUAAAAACGCACAUCGACAUCAUCACAUUCACCACGCCCUCCUCCAUCACCGACUUCACGACGGCGCUCAGCGCCCUCGCCACAAAGCACAACUUCCUCAUCUUCGAGGACCGCAAGUUCGCCGACAUCGGCUCCACCGUCGCGCACCAGUACCGCGGCGGCGUCUACCGCAUCGCGUCCUGGUCGCACAUCACAAACGCGCACACCGUGCCCGGGCCGGGCAUCAUCGCCGGUCUACAUAGUGUGGCCAAGGAGGUCGGGGAGCCAAGGGGGCUGCUGAUGCUCGGUGAGAUGUCGUCGGAGGGGAACCUGGGAGGUGGGGAGUAUUUGCAGAAGACGGUGGAGAUGGCGAGGGGGGAUCGGGAAUUUGUGGUUGGCUUUAUUGCGCAGGGGAAGGUGGACGGGGCGAAGGAGGGGGAGGAUUGGAUUGUCAUGAGUCCCGGGGUGAAACUGGGGGGUGGCGGGGAUGCACUGGGGCAGAGGUAUAAUACGCCGCAGAGUGUGGUGGGCGACAAGGGGAGUGAUGUGGUCAUUGUGGGGAGGGGGUCAUUAUGA